CCCAGCCUCGCGCACGGCGGAAUCGGCGGCCGGGGAAACGCGAAGCUGCGUCCGCGACGCGUGGAGAUCAACACGCGGACGACGACGAGUUGACGAGGAGUUGACGAGUCGACAACGAUGGCGUGUGCGGUGUCCGCUGUCCCUCCUGCCACCACUCACCCUGCCCUGGAGCCGAGCGGAGACUUCCCGGCGUGGCUGGAGGCGCAGGGUGUGAACGCGGAGGUGGCCCGGGCCAUGGACUCGGAGCUGGGCAUCCGGGACUACGGGGUCCUGCGCGCCUGUGUCGGGGACGGCCUCGUGCGGGCCGAGCUGCUUACCGCGGCGCGCGACCGCCUGCCCUUCGGUUUCUACGCCGUGCUGCGGCAGGUGGUGAAGGCCCUGCGGGGCGCCGAGCCCCACGACGGCGCUGGGACGCCGCGCUGGGACGACGCCGCCGCCGCCGCCAGCAACGCCUCCUCCUCUCCUGGAGACGUGACGCGGGGAGGCCUGGUGGACAUGCUGCUCGCGCUGUUGAGUGGCUUGAGCCGGGAGCUGCUGCUGUUCGUGCGGAGGUUGGGAACUGUGGAAGGAGUGGGAUACGUGGAGGAUUUUGUGACGGAUGAUGGGGGUCACCAUCCGGCCGAAGAGGAUCAGCACAACAGCCACUGUACCUUGGGUGAAUUUACCGAUGCUGAGGAACCGUGGACCCCGGUACAAGGAGCUGAGGGUCCGGACAGCCAGGAGCCCGCAGAACCUCUGCGAGGCCACUCCGAAUUCUUCAUCGAAGACGGCGCCCUGCAGCCCAAAGUCGCCAUUAAGAUCGAAGAACUCUCCGAGGAUUCCACCACCGCCGCCACCGCCGCCGCCACCAUCCCCGCCACCGCCGCGGUAAUUGACGACACGAAAGCCGCCGUUCGAUGCCGCGCUGAGCCACAAGACUGGCACGAGUCGACCCUCCCGGUGAAAUGCUCACCGGAUUGCUCACCGGGACGAGGGCUCCCGCCGACAGCGGCGACUGUCGCGACAGCCCGGCGGCGGCGGCGGCGGCGGGCGUGGCCGUCGGUGGCGGUCACCGCGGCGGCAGCGGCAGGCGUCGCGCCCUCGGCAGCAGCGACGGCGGCAACGGCGGUGCGUGAGCGCCCCUUCCGUUGCGACGUGUGCAGCCGCGCUUUCGCGGAGUACUCCAACUACCGGCGGCACACCCGUACGCACACGGGCGAACGACCCUACCGGUGCGAGGCGUGCGGCCGCGCCUUCUCCAAGCGCAGCAACAUGAAGAGGCACCAGCGCAGCCACAAAGGCGAGAAGCCGUUCGGCUGCGACGUGUGUGCCCAAGGAUUCACGCGACUCUGCAACCUCAAGGUGCACCUGCUGAAGCACGCCGGGGAGGGGGUGCGCAGCGUUCCGGGGAAGCGAAUAGCCCGGUCCACUGCGAUGGCGGAUGGGAGAUUCAGAACUCUCUUUUGCUACCGCGUAGGUUUUUAA